CAACUAUCUACAACAGGGACGACAGUGAUGACGAAGAAGAGGCGCACUGGCGGUGGAGGAGGUGGCGGUGCAGAAGGGGGCAUGGUCAAGGUGGGAGGCCUGGGAUCACGCAAGCCAAGGAGUGGCAAGAAGAGGUCGCUGCAGACCCGGUCCAAGACAACGUGGCUGCUGAUGGCUGGCGGCUCUUGCCUGGCAGUGUUUGUGAUGUUCCUCUUCUACCAGCACCUGGCCACAAGCUCUGAUCGCGACGUAUCCACGGCCUCUGGCAAGGCGUGGACACUAAGUGACGAGCAGCUCAUUGCGUUGUCAAAGGACACAUCCAUGCGGUACUUCAAGAACGAGCUCCUGGAACCGCUCAUGGUCGUGCGUCCCGUGGGAUCAGAGAACCACAAGAAAGCAAGACAACACAUCCGCACGACGCUGGAGUCGCUUGGAUGGCACGUGGAAACAGACACGUUCACAGACUCCACCCCACUCGGCCGCAAGACCUUCCACAAUAUCAUUGCGACAUGGGAUCCGAGCGCCCGCCAACGCGUCAUCUUCGCUGCGCACUACGAGAGCAAGCUCUUCCUCAAGGGGCCGCACAAGAAUUUCAUCGGCGCAAUCGAUUCGGCCGUUCCGUGUGCGAUAUUGCUCGAUCUUGCACGAUCCCUCACGCCACUGCUGCGCACACGCACGCGCGCCCUCGGCACCACCCCUCAACUCGUCUUCUUUGACGGCGAAGAGGCAUUUGAGAACUGGACGGCCAAGGACUCCAUCUACGGUGCGCGCCACCUCGCCAGCAAGUGGGCGGCGACGCGCGUGCAUGCAGGCAAAGGCCGCCGCUCCCCGACCAUGCUCGAGUCGAUCGAGUGUCUUGUUCUCCUCGACCUCCUUGGCGCAAAGAACCCCACCAUCCACAGCGCCUUCCCCAAUACGCACUUCCUGCACCGGCGAAUGGCCACGAUGGAGCAGCGCCUGGUGUCGCUCGACCUCAUCACACGACAGCCAAGCUCCUUCUUCAACACCAACUACGCUGGACGGGCGCCAGCGGUGGAGGACGACCACAUUCCGUUUGUUCGUCGCGGCGUCCCUGUCCUGCAUCUCAUCACGGUGCCCUUCCCGCGCGAGUGGCACACGGCGGGCGAUGAUGCAACCAUCCUUGACGAUGACGUCAUGCUCAACUGGAUCCUCAUUGUGCGCGCGUUUGCUGCGGAAUACCUCCACCUCGACCCGACACGCGCCUGAUGAGAGACGGCAGCGCUCGUGGAGAGGAGCCCGAGGGAAGGAGCGAGGGUGGGGGGGGGGAGUUGAAGGCCCGGUAAUGACUGUACUGGAUGUGUAUGUGUGGGGGGGG